ACCGGUUCAGUGACUCCAUCGACCAUACCGACUGACGUUGUUUACAGUAAGAUACGCACAGUAUUUUAUUAUCAUUCUUCCAAUUCAUACCAUAUCUUUGUUUAUACUGACAAUAAUAAUGUAUUGCAUUAUCACAACUGUUGUGGCUAUCCUUUACAUUUUGUGGGACGUGAACUAUUUCCUAAGGAUAGCCUUCACCAUUGGAAUUGGUAGACUAUUCCAAAAGAAGUGUGGAAUCAAUGACACCACAACUAUUUACGGUUUUUGCACGACCCAAGAUGUGGAUAUCUUCCUGCGACACAUGAACAACGCCAGAUACGUGCGAGAGCUGGACUUCGCCAGGUUCCACUUCUACGACCGCACGGGCAUCUACGCCAAUAUUAAAGCAGUUGAUGGACACGCUUUGCAGGGAGCCUCUAGCAUCAGAUACAGGAGGACUAUUCCCAUAUUCACUGCCUAUAAAGUAGAGACUAAGUUGGUGUACUGGGAAGACAAGACGCUUUUCAUAGAACAGAAGUUCAUCACGCUGAAUGACGGUUUCGUCCGCGCCGUCGUCCUCUCCAGACAGAACUUAAUUAAUGUUGAUGCUGCCACUCUCUUCAAGGGUAUUCCUGGUGCCGACCAUAAACCUGAGUGUCCAGAAGAAAUUAAACACUGGCUCCAAGCUAUCGAGAUCUCAAGCGCGAAGCUUAGAAAAAAGGAUUAAAAAUAUCACUGACUUCAUAGUUUUGUAAGGAUAUGUAUUUAUUUUUCUAUCAUUAAACAAGGUUGCGGUUGCCAG